CUGCUGUUACACUACCCGCGCCGGGGUAAAUGCAAGCGAGAGAAAUUCAACUGCGUGGUUUGGAGUAGACAGGCGGACGCGGCUGUAUCUGCGCUGUCAAAGGAUCAGAGGCUGCAUUUUUCGCUCAACCUCACACAUAGCGACUGGAAAACAGGAAGGGGGCCUUGAUGUGGGCAGUAUGAGUAAGACGCCCCCUAACAGAAGAGGGAUAACAUUUGAGGUGGGCGCUCAGCUUGAGGCCAGAGACAGCCUCAAAAACUGGUAUGCUGCCAACAUAGAGAAGAUUGACUACGAAGAUGAAAAAGUAUUAAUUCAUUACCGUCAGUGGAGCCACCGCUACGAUGAAUGGUUUGAUUGGACAAGUCCCUACCUGAGACCAGUGGAGAGGAUUCAGCUGAGACGGCAGGGCCUGCAUGAAGAAGGCUCUCCUCCUAAUCUGACCAGAAGAUCACUGGCUUCUUUCCUCCAGGGCUUUCAUGUAAAUGACAAGGUUCUGGCCAGCUGGUCUGACUGUCGUUUCUACCCAGCGAAGGUCAUUUCGGUCAAUAAAGAUGCAUCCUACACUGUGAAGUUUUAUGAUGGAGUCAUCCAGACAGUGAAGGGGAUGCACGUGAAGCCUUAUAUUAAAGAGAGAGGUGGUGCUGGGGGGAGAUCUCGGUCCUCAGACAAGAAUACGAUGAGAAGGGCCCCAAAUCGCAGAGACAGAAGGCCUCAGGAGAACGGGUGUCCCAAAAACAAGCGAGCUAGACGCAGCACUUCAGACCAGGAGGAGGACAGCAACAGUGAAGAUGAAGACCAAGAGGAGGUGGUGGUAAACGACAAAAAUCCAAAACUUAACGGUGUGCCUGAGGCUGAACAUACUACCAAACAGGAAAAAGAAAACUCAGAUCAAACAGACCAGAACAACCCUAUGGAUGCUGAAAAGGGAGCAGGACUCACAAAUGGAGUGAAGGUUGAACAAGAAGAUGAGGAAAUGGAGGGAAAGUGUCAUGUGAAUGGAGAUGUGAAGAAGGAAGAGGAGGAAUCGGAGCAGAUUGUAACAAAGCCAUAUACAGAGUCACCCAAGCCAUAUGCAGAUAUGCAGAGUGAGUCGUCAGCGCAAACAGAGCAGGACUCUGUCACUACGACAACCGCAGACUCCAGUGGUGAUGUGGAGCAGAAGUCAAACGUCCAAUCAGAGAGUGUGCAGCCCCCAGCAGACGUACCGCCUCCUCAGCCUGUGAAACCGGUACGGAAGCAGGGCUUCCACAACCCCAACAGAUUCAGCAGAGAGCCAUUGUACCGAGUCAUCAAAAACCAGCCUCCUCCAGUUCUGUCCAUCAACCUCGACCACAAUCCCUUCAAGUGCAGUGCUCCAGGCUGCACAAAAUCGUUCCGUAAAGCAAAGCUGCUGCAUUACCACAUGAAAUAUUACCACGGUGAAGAGCCGCCUCCAGAGGGACAGCACAGUCCCACCAGGAGUGUCCAGACCAGGGCUUCUGAGAAGCAAUCUACUGCAGCUGCUGGUCUGGACAGCUCAAAGAGAAGGCGCACCAUCUCUGCCUCUAUGCACUCAGUUGGAGCUGCUGCUGCUCCGCGUGGGGAUAUUAAGGCUUCAGGCAGGCGUACAUCAGCUCCUCCAGCAGUCAGCACCCACAGCCAUCAGCAUAGAGCGCUGCUGAGGGAGAAGAGUAAGGAGAACCAGCUGGACAGGAACCUUUGCCAUCUGCAGGACAAGGACACUGACAAGAUUUGCUUUGACAUUGGGUCGGUGAAAGAGAAACCCAGAGAGAAACCCAAACAGAAGGACUUCCUCCGCAUUAAACUGAAGAAGAAGAAGAAAAAAAGGAAGGCCAAGUCUGAACACACAGGUAGUGAGGAGAAUAUUGACAUCUCAGUAUUGGGUCUUCACUCCAAAUUGAAUUUUCCUCUCAAAUGCCCCCUCUCACACAAUCAAAAGCCUGAGGCCUACCCCAGCAGGCCCGGACACAGCUACACAGAGCAGAUACUUGUUGAUGAUGAGGAUAGCAUCAGUGACUGGUCCACUGACAGCUGUGGGUGGAGCGAUGACGACUUUGAGAUGGAUUUGGACGUCACCACUCCUCCUCUCAGUGUCGACUCUGGCGCUUUGGACUCCAACGACCAGGAGAUCGUGCGAUGUAUCUGUGAGGUGGAGGAAGAGAAUGACUUCAUGAUUCAAUGUGAAGAUUGUCUGUGCUGGCAGCACGGCACCUGCAUGGGGCUGCUGGAGGACAACGUUCCAGACAGAUACACCUGCUACAUCUGCAGAGAUCCACCAGGUCAGAGGCAGAGUUUACGUUAUUGGUACGAUCGCGAGUGGCUGACCAACGGUCACAUGUACGGCCUCUCCUUCCUCGAGGAGAACUACUCCCACCAAAACGCCAAAAAGAUCACCACCACCCACCAGCUGCUGGGAGACGUGCACCAUGUAGUGGAGAUUCUCAACGGACUGCAGCUCAAGAUGAGCGUCUUACAGAGUAGCACUCACACCGACCUCAGGCUAUGGCAGCAGCCUUGGAAGCAUUUCGAUCGACCACGGCUCGGCUCAGACUCGUGUCGAGGCAGUAACACAGCUCCGUCCCCUCUGACUCCUGACGAGGACAUGAGCAGGGGAGAGAUUUUGAUGUCCAACGCCUUGGAGAAGCUGAGUCGGGCUGCUACAGCUGCCACCUCAUCUUCUUCAAGCUCCUCCCCCUUCCCAUCUUUCCAGGACUCGUACAUUAUUAGCGAACACUGCUACCAGAAACCGCGGGCGUAUUAUCCAGCUGUGGAGCAGCGGCUGGUGGUAGAGACCAGACAGGGUUCAGAGCUGGAGGACAGCAUGAGAAGCACAGAGGAGCUGCUGGAGCGGGAGCAGCGCUUUGGUGCCCUGCUGGAGAUGGACAAACCUAAAUCAGCAGGCAACAGCAACAAGACUUUGAUGGGUGUGUCAUGGGCGCAUGCUGAGAACAGAGAAGAGGAUGGUAGAGAUCUUGGAGAUAACGGGCAGUACCAACAGUGGCAGAUUAACCUGCUGGAUCACAUUGAUGCUGUCCAGGAUGAGGUCUCGCACAGGAUGGACUUCAUAGAAAGAGAGUUGGACGUGUUGGAAAGCUGGCUCGACUACACCGGGGAGCUGGAGCCUCCUGAACCUCUUGCACGUCUCCCUCAGCUCAAACACCGCAUGAAACGGCUGCUGACGCAGCUAGGCAAGGUGCAGCAGAUUGCUCUGCACAGCUCCACAUGAGGGCGCCAGAGAUCAGCUGCGGUUUAGGGCACCACACGGCUUGCUUUGGCAGAGCACUGGAAUAGGCUCUCUGGGAGGAAAUGAUCUGACCUCGUUCAGCUUCUCCUGUGUGAGGUGAAAUCUAAUGCUGCAGCCAACCUGUGUCAAAUAUCGAUAUGACUGCGAAUGGAAAGCAAGCAUCUCGCAUCAGGAUAUAACGCAAAGAGCAACCUCGUAAAAUGCAGAAGGAAAUCCUUAGGACAAGAUUACACUUAAUGUGGCUCCCAUGCAACUCUAAACCUUGUGAAUGCCUUUUGUCUGAGCUACCACUUAAGGUUGCCCUGUCUUCUCAGUGCACAGUGCUUUACACACAGCUUUAGAUUCAGAUCGCAGUCAUGUACCUGAACCGACACUCUUUGCAAUAGUAUUUUGAAUGCACAUUUCACUUGUUGUUUUGUUGUUUUUUUUGCAUUAACUGCAUCUCAAAUUUCAUUUUUAUUCAUCUGUCCUUCCAUAUUGAGUGCCAAAGUUGGCAGUUUAGACAGAUGGUAAUUUGAAGACAUUAACAUUACUUUUCAAAGAAGUCUAUACAAAUGAUCAGUUUUCUAUUACACUGUGAAGUUAUUAUUUCAUCUCACAUGAAAGGUAGGCUCGGUUUUGGCUUGUGCUGAAAUGCUCCUGUCCCCAGGAUGUGCUCAUCCUCCUUAACUUUAUCCCCUUAUUUUACUUCUAUAAUUGUGUCGCUGUAGCAUUUAAAGUAUGAUUCACUGGGAACUUGUAAUGUGGAUUCCUCUUAACAUAGCAUCUUUGUGUAAGUGUAAUAUAUUAUCUAGAACAUGUGUACAUUUAUUUUUAUCCUAUUCUGUUUCGUCUGUUGUUUUUUUCCAUUGAUUCUUUGUUUUAAGCAGUCAUUUAAAAUGUGUUCUGAAUAAAAAUACAGAUAUUGUAUGCUACUGUACUGUAACUGUCUGUCUGUCUUAGAAGCAGGGAAAAAGUCAAAGACAAUGCAAAACGAUCUCCUGGAACAUGAAUAAACUAUCAUUGUUAUUAAUCUCUA